AAUGUGUUGCCUUACAGGAAGUCAAAUAAACAGAACAGUGUUGAGAAAGCUCCAGGUAUUGGCAACAUGCUUCUGCUCUUCUCUGGCUUGUGCCUGUGCUCUAUUGUCAGUUGCCAAAGGUAUACGUCUGUGCCUGGCUCUCCCUAUAACAUCAGCACAGAUAACAAGGGGGUCCUAAAGGCGGUGCUUCACGGGGCCUAUUCAUUUAACAACCAGACCAAUGAUGCUUUUCUCUUCAAGCCAUCUGCAAUUGAGAAAGCAGAAAGACAGCUUGUGAAGGGGUUCAAAUACAUUCUGGAAGUAGACCUCUCACGGACUGUGUGCCUCAAAAAGGGGCACAAAGAAGCAGACCUGGCCAACUGCAAGUUCCAACCAGAUGGUUUGUUACAGCAGACAUUCCACUGUGACUUUGAGGUUUGGACUAUGCCUUGGCUCCGCUUCAUGAAGACAACCUAUUUUGUUUGCAGUCCAUCUGACUGACCUUCCACUUCUUCAUGAAACCCAAUCCUUCCUCAUUUCAAUAUUCUGAGGAAAUUACUAAACUGGUUAGGUGCCUUUCGGUUGUUGUAGCUGUGUAAAUUAGACUUGAAAGGCCUGAAAAUCAUAUUGCUACUCAAGACAUUGAAAUUGCCAUUGUUUGACUAUACGUUAAAGGAGUAGUUCACUAUUUUACAACUUGAUGUUAGUUGGUUCCUCACCCUGAAAGUAGUCUACGGGCCAAGAGAAACUGUAAUCCAUGGUUCAGUUUUCUUUAAACAGCCACUACAAACUUCAGCUAAGUUUAUCCACUACAAGAUAACAAUCAAUGGAAGUGAUGGGGUCAUGUGAGCAUGUUUUUUUGUUUGUUGAACUGGCCAAAUCACCUUUAAGUAACAUCAGAACAAAUAUGGAGUUGAUUUGAAUUUGGACAUUUAAAGAAUCUUCCAUCACUUCAAUUGAUUGUUAGCUUGGGGUUGGUUAAGGUUAGCUGAAGUUUGUAGUGGCUGUU